AUGGGUAUCGUGACUUAUCGGGACGGCAUCGCAAUCCUCCAGCUUAUCGUGUUCCCCGUGCUGCUCGUUAGUGCACUUUUUAUAUGGAAGCGAACAGGCUGGAAGGCUGCGGGCAAGACAUGGCGCUUCGUCAUUUCGCUCUCCCUCAUUCGAAUCAUCGGUAGCAUUUGCACGUUAUUGACAAUCAACAAUGCCAACGAAAACAUUUACAUUGCCGAGGCAGUAUGCGAGCUUAUCGGCAUAGCACCUCUGAUGUUGAUCUAUGUGGGACUCUUGCGACAAAUCGAUUCCGAACAGAAAAUGCAUCCCAAAUUCCUCUCCUUGGUGGCCCUCGCCUGUUUCGUUGGCCUCAUCCUCGGUAUUGCAGGAAUCAGUAUCUCUGAUGACAACUCUGGGGGCACAUUCCACGCAAAUGCUAUCGUCAAGGCUGCCAUGGCAAUCUUCCUGGUUGUUUUUGUCGUGGAUAUUGCGAUCACGAGCUGGCUAUACUCACACCUGCGAUUGAGAUUGACUGUCUUCCAAAAGAAGCUGUUCCUCGCCAUCGUUCUUUCCUGGCCUUUCCUGUUGGUCCGCCUGAUAUACUCGGCGAUCAGCGAUUUCACGGAUAAUUCGCGAUUUGCUAUCCUGGUAGGCGACCCGACCAUUUACCUGUGCAUGGAUGUCCUGGAGGAGAUUAUCGCCGUGUCGCUGUGUGUGGCAUUUGGAAUGUCGGCCGUGCUUGAUUUGCAGCCAAAGGUACAAGUUUACAACGAAGCAAAGCCAGAAUUGAGGCCUGGCGAGGUGUAA